GAAGGUUGAUACGAACAGAUUCAUGGAGGAUGUCUCGGCAACGCAGCUUCUUCUAAUUUCCGGUCUACUUUUUCUACUGCCUUGCUCUGCUUAUGCUGCCUGCGACGAACUCGACCGCGAUGCUCUCUUGUCCUUGCCUUUCAAGGCACCUUUGAAUUGGUCUGCUUCGACUGACUGCUGCCUUUGGGAUGGAAUCACCUGCGACCCACUUGACCAUCGCCGCGUCAUCCGGCUGUGGUUGCCGAAAAGAGGCUUAUCUGGUGUCGUCUCUUUGGCCAUCACCAACCUCACUCGUCUCACCCACCUCAAUCUUUCCCACAAUUCCCUAUUGGGUUCUCUCCCAAAUGACUUGCUUUCUUCCCUCCCAAGUCUUCAGGUCAUUGACUUGAGCUUCAAUCGUCUCAUCGGCCGCUUUCCACCAUCUUCUAAUGGAAGCAGCCGCCUUCAGAUUAUAAACUUGUCCAGCAACUUCUUCAAUGGAAUAAUCCCGGCUUCAGUCCUUGUCCCAUCAAUAUCAAUUUUCAAUGUCAGCAACAACAGCUUUUCCGGGUCAAUACCCAUGAGCAACCGCAGCAGCCAUGCUUCCCUUACAUUCUUCGACUUGUCUUUCAAUGAAUUCACUGACACAAUUCCCCCUGGAAUCGGAUCAUGCUCCAAGCUCCAAGUUUUUCGUGCAGGCUUCAAUGCACUCUCUGGUUCUCUCCCUGGUGAGAUAUUCAAGCUUGCUGAUCUCCAACAGCUUUCUCUGCCUAACAAUAGUCUCUCUGGACCCAUCAGCGGUGGUAUCAUGAACCUCACCAAUCUCAAGGUCCUAGAGCUCUUUACGAAUCUGUUCUCUGGCCCAAUUCCAACCCAUAUCGGUAGCCUUUUCAAGUUGGAAAAGCUGCUCCUCCACAUCAACAACUUUACAGGUCCUUUGCCUCCAUCUCUCACCAACUGCACAAAUCUAUCGACCUUGAAUUUGCGGAUCAACAACUUGACUGGAGAGCUCUCUGCCUUCAAUUUUUCGACUCUCCAACGUCUCACCACUCUGGACCUUGGCAACAACAACUUCAUUGGUGAGUUACCUCAAAGCCUCUACUCUUGCAAGUCCUUAACAGCUAUUAGAUUUGCCAGCAACCAGCUCACAGGCGAGAUAUCACCUGAAGUAGUCGCAUUAGAAUCGUUGUCUUUCCUGUCCAUCUCUAACAACAACUUGAGAAAUGCUGCGGGGGCCUUUAGGAUUCUGAAGGGUUGCAAGAAUCUAACCACUCUGGUCUUGGCCAAGAAUAUUUUCAAUGAGCCUCUGCCAGAUGAUAAAAGCCUUGGAAACCCAGUUGGAUUCCAAAGUCUUCAGGUUUUUGCCCUGGGCGCUUGUCAAUUCACUGGUCAAAUACCAACCUGGCUAUCCAUGCUUAAAAAUCUUAAAGUCUUGGACCUACCAUUUAACCACAUAACUGGUCCUAUUCCGGCUUCAUUGGGUAGUCUGCCCAACCUUUUCUACGUGGAUUUGUCUAAUAACCUCAUUACCGGAGGAUUUCCCAUUGAGUUUUGUGGGAUGCCAGCUUUGACAUCGAAAGAGGCCGGUGAUAUGAUAGACAGAAGUUAUCUUAAGUUGCCAGUCUUUUUGAUGCCCAACAACCCUACUAAUCAUCAGUACAAUCAGCUGUCCAAUCUCCCCCCAACUAUAUGUCUGGGUAACAACAGCCUUACUGGCAGUAUCCCUUCUGAAAUUUGUCGAUUGAAGUAUAUUCAUGUGUUGGACCUUGGUCAUAACAACUUCGCUGGCAGCAUCCCAGAACAGAUUUCCAACCUAACCAACUUAGAGAGACUGAAUCUCUCUUAUAACCAUCUGUCCGGUGAAAUCCCUAAUUCUCUGAAAGGUCUGCAUUUCUUGUCUUCCUUCAGUGUGGCAUACAAUGAUCUUCAGGGACUUGUACCAUCUGGAGGUCAGUUAGAUACUUUUACCAGCUCUAGCUUUGAAGGGAAUCCAGGACUAUGCGGCCCUCCAACAGCGAACCUCUCUUGCUCGCCGGUAUUUUCAGCUGCUCAGAAAUCUAACACACAGGAAGUUUUUAAAGCACUCAUCUUUGGGAUCUCUUUUGGCUUUUUUUUUGGAAUUGGUUUUGGUCUUGGUCUAAACAUUGAUGAUAAAAGAAUUCCAUUCAUUCCAAGGUGUAAGAAAAAAUAUGUAAACUUGAUGCGUACGUAG